ACUGCGGCGGGUCGACGCGUCAGGAACAAGACUGAGGUAAUUGUAAUUUUGUUCGAGGGCCGGGCGGAACAGAACCGAGAACGUGCAGUUUCGCAUGGCGUUUGAGCAGAUCGUAUGAAUUGACUGUGGAACACCUCAUGCAAGUCUUUUGGAUUGCGAGCAUAAAAAAGCACCCAUCAACUCUGUGCUUAGGAUAGAGUAGAAAUGCAAGUAGAUGUCUGACAUUGACAAGCACAUUCCGAGCAUGGGACCCGAUCGGGGAAAAAAUAUGCAAGACGUCGAGGAAGACCCAGACAACGACGGCUCGUCGGCAGAGCAGGACCUGCCGAUGCCCCAGAUGGUGAUUGCCAUGGGAGACGAUAGCAACGAGGAGGAGGACAGUGAUGAUGAUGUCGAUGAUGGAGGAGCGGGGCCAGGUGGAGAUGGAUACAUGCUGUUACCGGACGCUGAUCAGGAAAUCGACCAUGCUGAUAUUGAGGCUAUGGAUGAAGAAGCUCAUGGUGCAGCCCCAAGCAGUCAGCAGCAACAACAGCAGCCUGAACUUCCAACCCACUUAGCCAAGCUUCUCCCUACUCAGCCACCAACCCAAGAUCCGUCCACCGUCGUCUCAUUCGCAGACACCUCCAAAACUCUCGAGACGCGCCGACAGGUCAUGGCUGCGGACGACGAAAUCCAGAAAGCCAUGGCUGGUUUCUCGCUGCCGGGGACUGCCAUACCGCCCUGGGCGAGGGCGCAAGGCGACAAGGAGUGGAAGGACCAGCUGGCCGAGAUGAUCCGGGGGAGGGAAGAGAAGAGACAUGAAACGGGCGGGACAUCCAAGGAUGGGAAGACGUGAUUGGAGGAAAACUGGGAAGUUGGAGACUGUUUGCUGUAUUAAAGGAUUUGUACAUGUCAAUGUAGGCAUGUUUGCUCCACCAGCUGGCAUGAUCCGAGGGAAGGAAAGAGACAUGAAACGGGCGAGACAUGAAACUGUGAUUGGUCACUUAAACCGAAAAACUGGAGACUGUUUGCUGUAUCAAAUAUAUGUGGGUAGGCUUGAGAGACCUAUGGCAUAUUUUCCGUCUAAUUUGUUCCAUCAGCUGGCAAAGAUGGUCUUAGGGAAAGAAGAGAAAAGACAUGAAAUAAUUGAAACAGCCAAGGAUGAGUGAAACUGGAAAAUUAGAUACUUUUCGCUGUAUCAUAAUGGUUAUAAUGUAUAUUUGCUCAGUCAGCCAGCAAAGAAAGAGACAUGAAACGGGUGAGACAUCCACAGAUGGGAAAACAGGUUACUUAUUAACUGAAAAACUAGAGACUGUUUCCUGUAUUAAAUAUGUGUGGGUAGGCUUCAGAGACCUAUGGCAAUGGUUCUAUCGGAUUUGUUCCACCAGCUGGCAAAGAUAGGGAGAGAGAAUAAGAGACAUGAAACGGGUGAGACAUCCACAGAUGGGAAAAUGUGAUUGGUUACUUAUUACCGGUAACUGAAAAACUAGAGACUGUUUCCUGUAUUAAUUAUGUGUGGGUAGGCUUCAGAGACCUAUGACAAUGGUUCUGUCAGAUUUGUUCCACCAGCUGGCAAAGCUAAGGGAGAGAGUAUAAGAGACAUUAAACAGGCGAGACAUCCAAAGA